AACAGUAAUAUCCUUUUCUCUUUCGCAUCAAUCAUCCAUGGUGACGGUAGUUGACGAGCGCCCCGAGUAUCAUCGGACCCUCCCCCCUGAUAACAUCUUUCCCACUUUCCAGGCUCCGACUGCAUGGAAAUGGCUGGCUUAAGUCUCUAUUGCUCUCCCACUCCCCUUCCACGUUUACUAGAGUACAGUGGUUUGCACUGUUUGAGUCCUAUGGCAAGUGGAGGCACACCAGAUUUUGCAUCAAGUAGUCUGAAUAGAAAGUUGUGCUUGAGUUUCAAGGGCUUAGGUAGAGUUAGAGCUGCUUUGACAUCUGGAGAAGGUGAUCUCCUAUCUUAUCCUAACGGCAAUGGAGUUGUGGGACAGGAUACCCUUUUUAGCAAACAAGUGAACCAGUCAACUGGAAUUGAGAUACAACCAGAUGCCGCGUCAUUUGGAACACUUGCAGCUGAAAUAACUCCAACAACUAGUAGUUUCUUUGUGGACAAUGAUGAAUAUGACCUGGACCGUCCUACAGAAGGUUUUGCUUCCAUCAUGGAGGCCAUUGAGGAUAUUCAUCAAGGCAAGUUAGUAAUUGUUGUAGAUGAUGAAGACAGGGAAAACGAAGGUGACCUAAUAAUGGCAGCUUCGUUGGUAACACCUGAAGCUAUGGCCUUCGUUGUCAAGCAUGGAACUGGAAUAGUGUGUGUGAGUAUGAAAGGUGAAGAUCUAGAGAGGCUGGAACUCCCAUUGAUGGUGACGCAGAAAGAGAAUGAGGAAAAACUUUGUACAGCAUUCACUGUCUCAGUGGAUGCAAAAUAUGGGACAACAACGGGUGUCUCAGCUCGUGAUAGGGCUGCAACAGUGUUAGCCCUUGCAUCUAGAGAUUCAAAGCCUCAAGAUUUCAAUCGCCCUGGUCAUAUCUUUCCCUUGAAAUACAGGGAGGGAGGUGUUCUGAAAAGAGCUGGACAUACUGAGGCGUCUGUAGAUCUUGCUGUCUUGGCUGGUUUAGAACCUGCUGCAGUUUUGUGUGAGAUUGUUGAUGAUGACGGUUCCAUGGCUAGAUUGCCAAAGCUCCAGCAAUUUGCAAAAGAAAACAACUUGAAGAUCAUUUCAAUUGCUGAUUUAAUAAGAUAUAGGAGGAAAAGAGAUAGAUUGGUGGAGUUGGCUGCGGCUGCACCAAUACCUACUAUGUGGGGACCAUUCAAAGCUUACUGUUAUAGGUCAAUGCUUGAUGGGAUUGAGCAUAUAGCCAUGGUUAAAGGCGACAUUGGAGAUGGGCGGGAUAUUCUUGUGAGGGUACAUUCUGAGUGCCUCACAGGUGACAUAUUUGGGUCUGCUAGAUGUGAUUGUGGUAACCAGUUGGCUCUUGCCAUGAAGCAAAUUGAAGCAGCUGGUCAAGGUGUUUUGGUUUAUCUUCGUGGCCAUGAAGGUAGAGGCAUUGGUUUGGGCCACAAGCUUCGUGCAUAUAACCUACAGGAUGAUGGGCGUGACACAGUUGAAGCCAAUGAAGAGUUAGGAUUACCAGUUGAUUCUCGGGAGUAUGGCCUUGGUGCACAGAUACUGCGAGAUUUGGGUGUCCGAACAAUGAGACUGAUGACUAACAAUCCUGCUAAGUAUGUUGGACUCAAAGGAUAUGGCCUGUCAAUUGCUGGCAGGGUUCCUCUGUUAACACCUAUAACUCGAGAGAACAAAAGAUACUUAGAGACAAAACGUACAAAAAUGGGGCACGUAUACAGUGUAGAUUUCAAUGGUAUUAUGAGUGAUGCUUCCGGUGGAAAUGACAAUCUGAUCACAGACAGCAAACCCGGUGAUGUAUCCGAGGCAUAAGGAAAUUCAGGUAAUUUGAGUAGCACAAAAUUGACAAGUAGAUAUAUGAUAUAUUUGAAACUAGCUGUUGAAUGUAUGAGCAUUUUUACAGUCCAGCUUUUAGCAGUUCUACAAACUUGUUAUUAUAAUUAAACUACUAAUUUGCUAUAUUACAAAAUGUCAAAAAUUAUCGUAAAAGCUUGUAUUCCAGAGAUAUCAUAAGUCCUCUUGUUUCA